GUCUUUGUAUUGCCACUAUUGUUGCAGCUCUUGUUGCUGCCAUUGCCCUUGUAGCAGCUCUUGUUGCUGCCGUUGCUCUUGUAGCUCUUGUUGCUACUGCUAUUGCCCUUGUAGCUCUUGUUGCUACUUCUGUCUUUGCAGCUCUUUCUU